AUGAUAGUGCGGAUAUCCCUGCUUACUACUUUUGUUUCCACGCUGCUGCUAGCUACAGCUACAACGAGAUGCCACGCAGCUCAAUACCGCACCAAAGUGGCUAUCCUAGGGGCUGGUGCUGCUGGCAUUUCUGCUGCAUCUCGUCUAAGCCAAAAGAAUGAAACUGAUUUCAUGAUUAUCGAAGCGCAGUCAUUCAUUGGAGGUCGAGUCCAGCAUCAGCCGUUUGGCGAUUAUUCUGUUGAGCUCGGAGCAAAUUGGAUAUAUGGCAAAGGAGCCAAUCCGAUCUACAGGCUAGCCGUACGCCAUGGCCUCGCAACAACUCCUAAUGAUAAACGAGACGUCGUGUACUUUGAUGCUUAUGGCCCGACAUCGACAGAGAUGGGCCACAAAACCACCGAGGAUUUUGAGCAAGUCAUGGAGGAUAUGAAACGACUGUCCAAAAACCAAGUCGAUCUAUCCAGUCGAACCGCUCUCCGGUUACUCGGUUGGGAGCCAGACACGCCCCUGAAAUCAGCAGUCGAAUAUUUCGCUAUUGAUUGGGAACUGGCAGAGCCUGCCGAAGUGGCCUCUUUGGAUUAUGCAACCGGUACCACCGAUAUGACCGUUGGCACUUUCCCUUUUGGAAAUGAAUUUGUGGUGGAUCAUAGAGGAUUUAACUUUAUAUUACGCAAAGAAGCCGAUAUGUUCCUGGAAGAAGAGGAUGAAAGAUUGUUAUUAAAUACGAUGGUUACCCAAGUAGACUAUAGUCAAGCUACCACCGAUGCUGAUGGACUGGUCAGGGUAACAACAAACAAUGGCCAUGAGAUUAUUGGCGACUAUGUACUGUGCACCUUCUCUCUCGGUGUCCUUCAAAGCAACACCGUACAAUUCAUACCAGAGCUUCCUGAGUGGAAAAAGGAAGCCCUUUUCAGCUUCCACAUGACAACUUAUACUAAAAUCUUUGUAAAAUUUGACCAUCAGUUUUGGGGUGACUGGCAGUUUGCACUUUAUGCAGACACCAACGGCACCAAGCCAGACAGUGGUUACACAGUGUGGCAGAACCUAAACGCACCAGGCUACUUUUCUGCACAAAAUUCCGACGAAAAACGACGCGACAAUAUAUUAAUGGUGACAACAACUUAUAAAGAUUCUGAACGGAUUGAGCGAAUGUCCGAUACCGAGAUUAUCGAGGAAAUCACGGCCGUACUUCAGCGGAUGUUCCCAGACUUCACUGUUCCACGACCUUUAGAGAUCCUCGUUCCACGUUGGCAUAGUAACCCAUUGUUUCGGGGCUCUUACUCGAAUUGGCCCAUUGGUAUGCAAACGCAACACCAUGACAACAUACGCGCUCCACUUCCAGCAGACAGCAAAAAGCCAAAGGUAGUGUUUCCUGGGGAGGCUUAUUCACAAGAUUACUACGGAUAUCUGCAUGGUGCUUGGUUAGAGGGUUCAUCUACCGCAGAUUCGAUUCUCGAGUGUAUGGACGAUGAAUGCACCCCGCAACCCUUUUUUGAUGGCAUCACAGGAUGCAGCUGGGAGCCAACCUUUAAGUUCCGCAAAAGUGAUCAUUCAGCAGCUGCGAACAUUGUGCUUCAUAAACAAAGUUAG